AUGGAACAUUGGCCAACUAGGCUUCUGCAACCUUCAAAAUGCCAGUCUCACCAAGACUUUCCCAGUCCCAUUAUUUCCAGCCGCAGCAGCGACUUGCCUUUAUCGACCCCGGAUAACCUCUUGUUCUGGGAGCCAGCCGACGAGGCCAUUUUCGCAAGUGUCGCCGCGGCCUCUGAUCAUACUUCGGUUGACACAUUGUACUCUCUCCAUCUCCCAGUCACUUGGCCUAGCGACUCGUUUGGGCUGCCCUCCCUGGACGGAUCUUCCGCCGACCCCUUCCAAUCUCAUUUUCCCGCAUCUGCGAACCUCACAGACUUCAACACCACCAUCUCCUAUCAGACGCCGACUUCGACGCCGUCUGCGCUCAAGUUGGUUGAUGCACCUCAUCAGACCGGAAAACCCCUUGACCCCAUGAAAGCAUCACGAUCUGCGUCACCUGCUGUCAGCAACCAACACACAAAGGCGGCAAACUCGUCUCCUUUAUCACGAGGGCUCUCCUCUCCUGAGGAAGCUUCUCAGCAGGAGAGCGAGUCAGUCGUGCGAAAACGUGAACGUAACACGGCGGCUGCCCGCAGAUACCGUCAGAAGCGGCUGGAUCGCAUCAAGGAGCUCGAGGAUGAGCUCUCCAAGGUGACGGCCGAUCGUGACGAGCUAAGACUCAAGCUGGCAAGGCAGGAAGCCGAGACGGCGACUUUGAGGGAUUUGUUGACCUUGGCCACCGGCAAGGGGUUGCAGCGUUCUGAUAGUUAG